AUGACCACACAGAUUGAGCGCUUGUAUGGAGUACAUGGCCUUCAUGGAUUUAGUGUGCAUCCCGGUGCCUUUGUGAGCCCCAACCUCCAGAAGCACUCACAGGAGGAGAUGAAGGCAGCCAUGGAAGAGAAGCGCGCUCAGGCCUAUCUGUCCAGUCUUGAACAAGCCUGUGCAACUACUAUCUAUGGCGCGGUAUCGAGCGAGUUGGAAGGAAAAGGUGGUUUAUACUUGGAAGGGGCAUCUGUCGGAGUUCAUCCGACACCUUGUGAGGGGGACGCUCUCGAGUAUGGAUUUGGCAGCUGGGCAUUUGAUGAGGCAAAGGAAAAGGAAUUGUGGAGACUUAGCAAAUCCUGGGUAGGAGUUGAGCAAGACUAA